GUAAUUGCUUUGCGUAUUCAGUCGUUGGCUUUAAGUUAGGUAGUAAACUAAGAUGGUGCAGGUGCGAAUCAGUGAUGGUGUAUUAGAAGGAGAUGUGAUCAACAAUGAAUAUGGAGGACAGAUCUACAGUUUUAAAGGCAUUCCUUAUGCUCAACCACCACUAGGAGACCUGAGAUUCAAGGCACCUCAGCCAGUAAAACCUUGGAAUGGAGUGCGGGAUGCAAAGAAACUAGGAAACGAAUGCUACCAAUUUAACAUUUUUGCACAAAAAGUUAAUCAAGGAAGCGAGGAUUGUCUGUAUAUAAAUGUUUUCUCACCGAACCUGAAACCUACCAAACCACUGCCUGUCAUGGUUUGGAUCCAUGGCGGAGGUUUCACUGGUGGAACUGGUUCCGAUGAACUAUACGGACCAAAUUAUUUAGUAAGACACGAUGUUAUUCUUGUCACGUUUCACUAUAGACUUGAGAUUCUUGGCUUCCUUUGCUUAGACACCGAAGACGUUCCUGGCAAUGCGGGCAUGAAGGACCAAGUUGCUGCGCUUAGAUGGGUCCAGAAGAAUAUCAGCAACUUUGGGGGUGAUCCUAACAACGUUACGAUUUUCGGAGAAAGUGCCGGAGGAGGCAGCGUUUCUCUUCACCUUUUGUCGCCCAUGAGUAAAGGGUUAUUUAAGAGAGCUAUACCACAAAGCGGGCUCGCUAUCGCACAUUGGGCAACUGGCUUUAUGGUCAAAGAAAGAUCGUUGUUAUUAGCUAAAGAAUUAGGAUGUAACGCAAAAGACGAAAAGGAAAUAUACGAGUUUUUUAAGGCACAACCAGUUGAAGCAUUAGUUAAAAAACAUGUUACAGUGACGUACGCGGAAACAAAUAAAGAAAUUAUUACUGUGCCAUUUAGUAUCGUUGUAGAAAAGCAAUUCGGAAAUAACGAACGAUUCAUGGUCGCAGAACCUAUUGAAGUAUUACGUAAUUACGGUAUACACGAGGGAGUGGAUGUUAUGGAAGGCUACAACGAAGAUGAGGGAGUUUUAUUCUUAUCGGCCGGCACGGAUGUACAUAAAAUGAUUACCCAGGCCAAUAAGUAUGCCGAAUUUUUGGUACCGAAGACAAUGUCUAUACAUUGUUCUUUAAUCGAUCAAAUAGAAAUAGGAAAAUUGAUAAAACAAUACUAUUUUAAGGACGAGGAUGUUUCUUUGGAUAAUUUGUACGAGUUGCAAAAAUAUUUGGGUACCGAAGCCUUCAAAUAUCCAACGAUAUUAUUCCAAAAAAUUUGUGCAAAAAAUAGGAAAAACAAAGUUUAUCUAUAUGCAUUUACCUGCAAGUCUGAAUUAAAUGUUUUCAGACAUAUAUUGGGAGUCGAAGAUUUUGUAUUGCCAGAUAAGACUUUAGUGAGUCAUGCAGAUGAACUUCCUUAUAUGUUUUCUAUAAAAUCGUUAACAGAAAUUAACCCGAAAAUCGAAAUGAAUGCCAGAGUUAUGAAGAUGAUUGACCAAGUAACAAAGCUUUGGACAAAUUUUGCAAAAUACGGUAACCCAACUCCAGAUGAGAGUCUUGGUGUCAUAUGGAAGCCAUACUCAUUGGAAGGACAAGACUUUUUGGACAUCGGAGAAAAUUUGGUGGCGGGUACCUCACCGGACAAAGAUGAAUUGGAAUUCUGGGAACGACUUUAUAAAAAAUACGUUCCGAAGUAUUCACAAUGAAAUAACAUUUACUGAUAUUUAAA